AAGUUUUCUGGACAAGCAAAAUUUAGGCAAAAAAAAAAAAAAAAACCAACAAAACAAUCCAAGGUUGUGAAAAUGGCGAAUAAAUCCAUGGUUCUUGCUUCAUCAUUCACCGGAGAAGCCUUUGAGUCCAUCGAAUUCGACGUUUCCGACUCCGAUUCGUGGGAGGUCAUCGAUCCAUCCGAUUCCGACGAUGGUAACUUCUCUUAUGGUGACGUCACCUCCGAUAGCGACGAAGUUGGGGCAGACGUCGGUGAUCGCCUUCAACAUCCUUACGGAUCUCCGUUGUCUGAUAUAUCUAUGCAGUCUCUGGUAGAUGAAAUCAGUCAUCACUGCCAGGAACUCAAAGACGCAUGUGAAAUUGAUCACAACCAUCAAGUAAUCCAUGACAAGGCCAUCGUGAAAGAUGAUGGUAUGAUCGACGGUGAAGAUGAUCCAUACGAUGAGGAUGAUGGUGAGGAAGAUGAAGAUGACGAUGACGAUGAUGAUGAUUCCGAUUUAGACGACGAACUGGUGCCAAAAUGGGUGAACAACAAAUUCGAAAGGCAGAGGAUGAGGAAAUUGGGGAAAAGAGAUUAUCCAAAGAUGAAAAGAUCAAAACGGAUUGCAUAUCAAUACAACAGGCCUGGAUGUGUUCAUGGGAAACAUGGCUUAGGAUUGAAGCACAAUCUCAUCUGGUAAAGUUUCUUCGAUUUAGAUGCCUUUAAUUCGUGUGUAUCUUGUGCUUAGAUUUGAAUGGAAUCGAUGAUCAUAUCCAUUGAUUUCAAUUGUACAGCAGUUAAUUAGGGGUAACGGAUUGUUCUUACAUUGAAUUAGGGUUUAGAAGUUGGUUUGAUUUGAUUCGAUAACAAGAAAGUCAAAGCAAUCUCCUCUUAACCAAAA